AGGAGAAGGGACUUGUAUUAUGGAAAGCAGUGACCGGAAGUGAUGUGGGGGUCGUUUCCGGCGGCGAGCUUGACGGUGAUGCGCAGCUCGUGAAGCUUCAGAGCAGAAAGACGUCUGAUCAGAAAUCAAAGAUCGAAGAUCAGCAGAAGAGGGCACUGUAACCAUGACUCCCUCCGUCCCUCUCUCAUUGUUCGGCCUCCUCCUCCUGAGUCUGGCCUCCUCUGAGACCGUCGACCCCUCGGUGGAGGACAUGAUCAAUAGGAACGCCGACUUUGCUGCCCGGCUUUACCGAGCCGUCUCCAGCCGGACCGACGACAAUGUCUUCCUGUCUGUGUUCACGCUGUCCACCGGACUGUCGGCGCUGCUGAAUGCCACAGGUGGGCCGACCCAGGACCAGCUGCUGACGGGACUCAGCCUGUCUGGACUGGACCCUCAGACCGUCCCUGAUCUGUUUCAGAAUCUGAGAACUGUCGUCCUGCAGGGGAGCCUAGCCACGAACCUGAGGCAGGGCGUGGCCGUCCUCCCCUCCCAGAGCUUCCAGGUGUCGUCAUCCUACCUGGACCUGGUUCAGACGAAGUUCGGAGGGAACGCUCAGAGUCUGGCCUACACGGUACCUCAGGAAGCCACCGAGACCAUCAACCGCUGGGCCCAGGAUCACACCGAAGACCAGGUCCAGGAGCUGGUGACCAAUCUGGACCCCCAGACCCAGCUGCUGCUCGCCACUGCCGCCUACUACCAGACCCGGUUCAGUCCGUCCUUCAACUCCUCCGUCACUCAGGACGAGCGUUUCUAUGUGGACAAGUAUCACGUCGUCAUGGUUCCCAUGAUGUUCAGAGCUGAUAAGUACUUCCUGGCGUACGACCGCUCAGUGAAAGUCGGCGUGUUGAAGCUGCCGAUGGCAGACGGGGCGGCCAUGUUGGUUCUGCUGCCCGAUGAAGACGUGGACGUUACAGCUGUUGAAGAGGAAGUGACGGCUGAGAAGAUACAGGCCUGGAUCAGACAGCUCAAGAAGACGAAGUUGGAGGUGCAGCUGCCUCGCUUCCUGUUGGAGCGUUCCUACUCUCUGCGUGACGUCCUGCAGACUCUCGACAUCACUCAGGUGUUUCAGGACGAUGCUGACAUCAGCAACAUGGGCGGAGCUAAAGGACCCAAACUUACACAGGUUUUUCAUAAAUCCGUCGUGUCUGUCGAUGAGAGCAGCGAUGACAUCACCACAGGAGGCGGAGUCAGCGUGUUCGCCACUCUUCCUCCUCGACUGACCAUCAACAGACCCUUCAUCUUCAUCAUCUACCAGCAGGCGACCGGCAGCGUGCUGUUCAUGGGCCGAGUCAUCGACCCCACCAAGAAAUAAAAGCUUACCUGACAGGUUGCUAAGCCCCGCCCACCUGUUACUGUUGCUACACCUGUCAAAAAUUACGUUCUAUCAGUUUAACAUGAUCUGGUGACAAGUUCAUCAAGUUCUAAUGUGAUUCUACUGUCAGUCUGUAGUAACCACUAACUCUGUCUUCUAGUCCAGCGUUUCCCAACCUGAAGCCUGGGGCCCUCGAGGGGCCGCGAGAUACAUUUGAGGGGUCCUGAGAGAAAACCAGGAGAAAUAUUUAUGGUCACGAAAUCACAUUUACUUUUUCAGACGUUUCUAUAACCCUUUGCUUUUUUCAUCUGUUAAUGUCUGUCUCUCUGUCACAUCUCAUGUCAACAUUGGACGGACUGUGAGACGUGCUUCAUCGUUCAUGCUCCCCUCAGGAUGAACUGUAAUAACUCUGCUGAUCCUCUGACUUUCCCUCUAGCGCCACCAUCAGGUCGACACGUUAACGUGUCCGACACUUUGGUUUCUGACCAAACACCUGCAGAGCUGCUGACGCUCCCAUCAGCCUCAGCUGCACUCUGCGUUCACUGCUAAUCAGCUAAUGUUAGCAUGCUGAUGUUAGCAUUAGCUAGCAUGGCUGUAGACUUAGUCUUCUUUACAUAACAAUUACUGGAUCAUUUGAUCUAAAAAUAAAUAAGAAAAUUAAACAGACUCCAUUUGACCUGGUUAUAACUUUUUAGUGGUCUCAACCCGUAAAGGUUGGGAAAUAUGGAGCCUGGGAAGUAUCAUGGAGAAAAAUAACUAAUUCAUGCUCUGGAUUUAUCACUUCUCACCUUCAGUCUCUGUGGAUCUCUUGGAUUUAAUACAGGCCGUGUUAUCUUUGAGAUAAAUGAAACUUAUUUUACAGGAUAAAGAACUGGUUCACUGUAAAAACCGUGAUGAUACUGUGGAUAUCUGCUGCAGGAGUUAUUUGUUGGUUAGUGUAUUGGUGAGGUUAUGGUGAUGCCUGAGAGCAGGAAAACGUUGGCCCCUUUCAGUUGGCGUGAUACAGCCAUAAGAGUGUACAACUAGAGAUUGUUUUUAUUACUUAAGCAUCACACAAAGUCAUCCAGCUGAUGAUCUUCACACUUCACUCUCUACAGGAGGCAAAAUAUAUAUUAAAUCCAAAGCAAUUUGUUUUCUUUUUCUCCAUGACGUCUCUCGGGCUCCAAAGGCUCUAAAAUCUGUGAAAUUACAAGGCAACAUCACACAUUAGCAGUUGUAGUAGAGCUAGAAGUAUCACUGCUACUGGUACAGGUUUCGGUCCUCCCUGACUCUGAAACACGAGCCUUCAGGCUGCUGGUGGAGAAACCAGAGUUACUUCUGUAACUGUGGUUCUCUGAAUUGUUGAUAAUGUUCUGAUAUAGACGUUCGGUAACUAAUGUUAAACUAAUCCCAUCAGCCUCAGCUGGACUUUAUGUUUGUAUUAAUAAACGUUAGCAUGACAACCACUCUCAUACCAUGUACUGUAUAUAGUUCAUGACUGAAAACACUUACUUACUAUAUUAACUCUAUUUAAAUAUACUAUGUACUGUUAAAAACGUGUAUGCACCACCUGCAGUAAACCUCCACUGAAAACAUUAAA